AUGACUUCUCUCCCCCCGGCUCAGUGCUGCAUCGCCGGCCAUCUGCACAGUGGCACCCCCAAGGGGGAGGAAACCGACAUCGAUGGCAUCCUCACCUACGUGUCCUACCCUGCCGAUAAAUCGACCCACAACGCCAUCCUGUUUCUGUCGGAUAUUUUCGGUCCCAAGCUGGUCAACUCGCGGUUGAUCGCGGAUCAGUUCGCUGAUAAUGGGUACUUGGUCGUGAUGCCGGACCUGUUCAACGAUGAUCCGGUGCCCGUCGAUCACGGAAAGGAAUUCGACAUCAUGAAAUGGUUGCAGAAGCACUUGCCGCCCGUGACGGACCCGAUUGUCGACCGGACUAUCGACCACAUGCGCAACAAACUCGGCUGUAAGCGGAUUGGCGCGGUCGGAUACUGCUAUGGUGGCAAGUAUGUCGUUCGGUACCUCAAGCCCGGGUUGGUGGAUGUGGGCUUCAUGGCCCAUCCGGUCGAUGUGCAGGCGGAUGAGUUGAAGGGCAUUCAAGGACCGUUGAGUAUUGCUGCUGCCGUGUCCGACUUUCUCUUCCCCACGGAGAAGCGCCGCGAGAGUGAAGAUAUCCUGGCCGAGGUGGGCCAACCCUAUCAGCUGUCGCUGUAUUCUCAUGUCGAGCAUGGGUAUGCCGUCCGGUGUAACCUGGAGGUCAAGCAGCAGAGAGUGGCCAAGGAGCAUAGUUUCGCGCAGGCCGUGUCGUGGUUCCAUCAGUACCUGAAGGAGUAA